UAACGUUCGGCUGCCAGACAACGUUAAAGCGGAUCAGCUGGAUCUCGCUGGUCAAAUGUGAAAUAUAUUAAUUAUUAUUAAUAACUGCGGUUAAAAUGUUUAAUAGCUGAAUUUUAAGUGGAGAUUAGUGGACACUGGGCUGCUGCAGACGUAAGAACACCAACUGAAGAUGAGUUUCGAGGCGAAGCGCUGCGGAGUUCAGUUCAGUCCUCCUGCUGUGGUUUUAAUCUAUGAGGAGAAGGAAAAUAAACAUGUUCGGAAAAGAGUCAUCCCUGUCCGCAACUUCUCUAAAUACUCCGACUACAGCAUGGCUGCAGAGAGGCUGAAGAACCACCCUCGACACAGAGACUACCUGGAGAAUGUGUCUCAGGGCCAGCUGGAGAAGCUUCACAUCAUCCUGAGAGAUCACAUGCAAGGCCUCAGCCUGGAGCACAGCCUGGACUCGUUCCGCCUGGACCCCGACCAAGACCUCAACAAACUGGACGACGACGAGCUGGCUCGCAAAAAGGGCCAAAUGGACGGACUGUUCGAAAAGAACCGAAAGCACAAAGACGACCCUGACUUUGUUUAUGAUGUGGAGGUGGAUUUCACCAAGACCACACAAGAAAAGUGCAGCUGGGAUGAAGAGUCUGAUGAUGGAUUUUAAAACUCUGUUCUACAAUCUUUUCUUUCAGACUGUAAACCACCCGACAUACUGUAAAAAAUAUAUAUUUAUUGUGGAGGCCUGGCCUCACACCUCUCAAACUACUUGUUUUAUCAAAAACUGUGAGUCCUCACAACAAAAUAUUAGUAUCAUCAGCAAGAAAAGUCUCUGCUGGACAUGUUGAUGUAAGUUUCACGUCUAGUAAAAAAGAGGUUAGCAUUAGUCUCUAUGGACAGUUGGUUGGAGUUGCUGUCACACUCAGGCUCACUGAGACAAAUCUGUACAUCCGACUGAUUCCAGAGUAGGCUGUCUGUGAAGAGCAUACAUUUCUCUACAAUCUGCCCUAGAAAUGAUUUAUGAAGAGUGAAAGUUGUGGGAACCAAAACAGGUUUUUCAGAAAAAUGUCAGAUCAUUUCCCAGCCUCUCUCAACUCGAGCUAUGACAUCAUCCACUCUAGCUCUGAACAUUCCGUCCAAUACACACCCAUUAUAAACUCUGAGACGCUCUGAAAACAGCAUUAAAGGUAAACUGUGAUAAUGUAAAAACCAAAAACUCAAUCAUUUUUUAAUGUUAAAGUAUAGCGAAUUGGCACAUCCCCAAAGUGAGGUGUUUCUGAGCUUGUCUCACCCUGAUUGCCCGUUAUUUUCAAUGGGAAAUUUUAAUCGCAGUUGUUUAGAUUUUUGCGUAAAGCUGUGAGGCGAAUCUCA